UCACUUCUCUCUUCUUUCCUCAUCCUUUCACCAUUCACACACCCCCAAAAUCCCUAGCAACCAAAUAAAACCCUCCAUUCUCUCUCCAGCAUCUCACUUCUCCAUUUCCAUUUUUCUUCAGAUCUCUCUUCUCUCUCUCCCUCUCUCCCACCCACAUUUCCUCUCUUUCUCCAUUUUAACACCUCCCUGAAGCUUUCCACUGAUGUCUGCGCUGACAUGAGGCAAAACGGAGCUCCAUCUUUCUGCUUCUUCCUCGCUUCUGUUUUACUCGCCGCAUUCUCGUUUUCCGGCUCCGCUGCCGGCUUCAGGGUUUCCGAUAAUGGCCCGUUGUCGGACUCCGAGGUGCACUACAUCCAGCGCCGCCAGCUGCUGUACUAUCGCGACGAGUUCGGCGACCGCGGCGAGCGGGUCGCGGUUGACCCGUCGUUGACGUUCGAGAACGACAGGAUCCGCAACGCCUACAUCGCUCUCCAGGCCUGGAAGCAGGCCAUCAUCUCGGAUCCGCGCAACACCACGGCCAAUUGGGUGGGGUCAAGCGUCUGCAACUACACCGGCGUCUUCUGCGCGCCGGCGCCGGAUAAUCCUAAAAUUCGGACCGUCGCCAGCAUUGACCUCAACCACGACGACAUUGCCGGAUACCUCCCGGAGGAGCUCGGCCUGCUCGCAGAUCUAGGCGUUUUCCACAUCAAUUCCAACCGUUUCUGCGGCACCAUCCCUAAGAAGUUCAAAAACCUGAAGAUUCUCUUCGAGCUUGACCUCAGCAACAAUCGCUUCGCCGGUAAAUUCCCUUACGUCGUUCUCAGCUUGCCUAGAUUGAUCUAUUUAGACAUCCGGUUCAAUGAAUUUGAGGGAACCGUACCGUCGGAGCUCUUCGAUAAGCCCUUGGACGCUAUCUUCAUUAACCACAACCGCUUCGCCUUUGAAUUGCCGGAUAAUUUCGGUAAUUCUCCGGUGUCUGUGAUUGUACUGGCGAAUAAUAAGUUCCACGGCUGUGUGCCGUCGAGUAUCGGGAAUAUGAGUAAUCUGAAUGAGAUUAUUUUGAUGAAUAAUGGAUUGCGGUCGUGUUUUCCGCCGGAAAUUGGGAUGUUGAAGAAUGUGACGGUGUUUGACGUCAGCUUUAACCAACUUUUGGGGCCGUUGCCGGAGAAGAUUGGGGAGAUGGUUAGCUUGGAGCAGUUCAAUGUAGGGCAUAACAUGCUGUCCGGGACGAUACCGCAGAGUAUAUGUAAGCUUCCCAGGCUUGAGAAUUUUACUUACUCUUAUAACUUCUUUACCGGUGAACCGCCGGCUUGUUUGGCGUUGCCGGCGUUUGAUGAUCGCCGGAAUUGCUUGCCGACACGGCCCAAUCAGCGGUCUGCUGCUCAGUGUAAGGCGUUCUUGUCGAAGAAAAUUCAUUGCGGGGCUUUUAGGUGUAAAAAGUUUGUUCCGACUUUUCCGCCGCCUCCUCCGCCUUCUCCUCCGCCUCCGGUUUUUGUUCCGGUUUCUCCGCCGCCUCCUCCACCGGUUUAUUCACCACCUCCGCCGGUUUAUUCUCCUCCUCCUCCCCCACCUUCACCGCCUCCACCGGUUUAUUCACCACCACCGCCGGUUUAUUCUCCUCCACCUCCCCCUCCUUCACCGCCACCGCCGGUUUAUUCACCACCUCCACCGCCUCCGCCGGUUUAUUCUCCACCGCCGCCGCCACCGUCUCCUCCUCCGCCGUCUCCGCCACCGCCAUCACCUCCUCCACCAGUUAUGUCUCCACCUCCACCAUCACCACCACCGCCAUCACCGCCGCCGCCGUCACCUUUGCCUUACUGUGUGCGAUCGCCACCGCCUCCACCGCCAAAUUCUCCGCCGCCGCCACCGCCUUUAUAUUCCCCUCCACCACCAAGCCCUUACUACUAUAAUUCACCGCCACCUCCAUCCCCACAUUCUCCACCUCCGCCGCCUCAUUCUCCGCCUCCACCGCCGCAUUCUCCGCCUCCACCACCGGCAUACGUCUAUCCAUCACCACCUCCACCUCCAAUCUACUCCUCACCUCCUCCGCCUCACUCUCCACCUCCCCCAUCCCCUGUCCCAUGUAUAGAGCCCCCACCGCCCCCUCCUCCCUGUAUAGAGCCACCCCCACCACCAUCACCAUCACCACCACCUCCAUAUGUUUACCUGCCACCACCAUCUCCAUCACCCCCACCACCUGUUCACUACAAUUCCCCACCCCCUCCAUCGCCAUCGCCGCCUCCCCCAGUCUACUAUCCCUCUCCACCUCCGCCAUCGCCCUCACCGCCGCCCCCAGUUUACCACCAUUCACCUCCACCACCAGCAAUCACCUAUGAGAGCCCACCGCCACCGACUCCAGUAUUCCAUGGACCCUUACCUCCGGUCAUCGGGGUUUCAUAUGCUUCGCCUCCACCUCCGCCUUUCUAUUGAUUCUUUAGAGAAUUUUCCUCUAACCAGUCCUCAAGACACAAACUAUACCUACAAUUAAACUAGAUGUCAUUGCUUCAAUUGUUAUUUUCAGUCACAAUAUAUACUUCUUUGUCCACUCAUUCCUGUCCAAAACAAAGAUCAAUGUAGAGGUCAAACAACAUGGGUGCUGAGAAUGUGUAAUCUAUAUUCGAGUAUUGCUGUACCUGAUUGGAUUGUUCAGAGUUCAGACAGAGAGGGUAUGAAAGAAAAAAAGUUAGAGGAGAGGUAAGAGGAGAAUGCUCUCUCCUGAAGAUUAAUUUGCAAAUGUUGUUAUGGUUGUGGAGAAAAUAAAUUGGCUGAGAAGAAAAGAGAGUAGGUUAUCUUUCAGGGAAGUGUAUGUAUAGAUGCCAUAAUCUGGUGGAGCAGAAACCCAGUCUGCAGUGCUUGCUGCUGCUGAUUCUGGUCUCUGGAUUUCAUUGUUAUUAUCUUUUUUUCUUUCUUUCUUUCUUUUUCCUAUUAUCAUCAUACUUUUGCUUCUUCAUUUUGUUCUUCAAUUCUAUAGUAUAAUGAUGAACAUUUACUUGUAUUUUUUGCCCUCAACAUUCAGAUCAUUCCUUUCUUUCAUUA